GAGCUGCGCACAGGAACUGACGUGGAGGUCCCGCUGAUGAACAGGAGCUGAGGGGGCUGAUCUCCAAAGCUAGAGCCUGCCUCUCCUGCUGUCCCCCUUUCAUCCCAUCCUGACGUGUGGGGCUGCAGAGCCAGCAAACCCUCAAUGCCUAAGAACAGCAAAGUGACGCAGCGAGAGCACAGCAGCGAGCAUGUCACCGAAUCGGUGGCUGACCUGCUGGCCCACGAGGAGCCCGUGGACUACAAGCGCAGCGUCUUAAACGUGACGGGUGAGGCCUGGGACAAGCAGAAGGAUGUGGAGGAAGAUCUGGACUCUGAGAAGCGGCCAGCGUGGAACAGCAAACUGCAGUACAUCCUGGCCCAGAUUGGGUACUCGGUGGGGCUGGGGAACGUCUGGCGGUUUCCAUACUUGUGUCAAAAAAACGGCGGAGGUGCCUACCUGGUCCCAUACCUGGUGCUGCUCAUCAUCAUCGGGCUCCCUCUCUUCUUCCUGGAGCUGGCCGUGGGUCAGAGAAUCCGCCGGGGCAGCAUUGGCGUGUGGAAUUACAUCUGCCCCCGCCUGGGGGGCAUUGGAUACGCCAGCUGUCUCGUCUGCUUCUUUGUUGGUCUCUAUUAUAACGUGAUCAUCGGCUGGAGCAUCUUUUACUUCUUUAAAUCCUUCCAGUAUCCGCUCCCCUGGAGCGAGUGCCCCAUCAUUAAAAAUGGCACAAUGGCCGUUGUGGAGGCAGAAUGUGAGAAGAGCUCUGCUACCACCUACUUCUGGUACCGGGAGGCUCUGGAGAUUUCCAGCUCCAUCUCAGAGAGCGGAGGGCUCAACUGGAAGAUGACCCUGUGCCUGCUGACAGCCUGGAGCAUCGUGGGAUUGGCCGUGAUCAAAGGAAUUCAGUCUUCAGGGAAGGUGAUGUACUUCAGCUCCCUCUUCCCCUAUGUGGUGCUCCUUUGCUUCCUGGUGCGGGGGCUGCUCCUGAGGGGGGCGAUAGAUGGGAUCCUGCACAUGUUCACUCCUAAGCUUGACAAGAUGCUGGACCCCCAGGUGUGGCGAGAGGCAGCCACUCAAGUCUUCUUCGCCCUGGGCCUGGGCUUUGGAGGUGUCAUCGCUUUCUCCAGCUACAACAAGCAGGACAAUAACUGCCACUUCGACGCCACCCUCGUCUCCUUCAUCAACUUCUUCACCUCCGUGUUGGCCACCCUGGUGGUCUUCGCCGUGCUGGGGUUCAAGGCCAACAUCAUGAAUGAGAAAUGUGUGGUGGAGAACACUGAGAAGAUCCUGGGCUACCUAAACACCCACGUCCUGAGCCACGACCUCAUCCCACCCCACGUGAACUUCUCCCAUCUCACGGCCAAGGACUACAGCGAGAUGUACCAAGUGAUCAUGACGGUGAAGGAGGAUCACUUCAAGGAGCUGGGCUUGGACCCCUGCCUACUAGAGGAUGAGCUCAACAAGUCAGUGCAGGGAACCGGCCUGGCCUUCAUCGCCUUCACUGAAGCCAUGACCCACUUCCCAGCUUCUCCUUUCUGGUCUGUGAUGUUCUUCCUGAUGCUGAUAAACCUGGGGCUGGGCAGCAUGAUUGGGACCAUGGCGGGUAUCACCACCCCUAUCAUUGACACCUUCAAGGUGCGGAAGGAAGUUUUCACAGUUGGCUGUUGCAUCGUUGCCUUCCUGAUAGGCUUGAUCUUCGUGCAGCACUCGGGGAAUUACUUCGUCACCAUGUUUGAUGAUUACUCUGCCACGCUGCCACUCACGGUCGUGGUGAUCCUGGAGAACAUUGCCGUGGCCUGGAUUUAUGGCACCAAGAAGUUCAUGCAGGAACUGACAGAAAUGCUGGGCUUCCGGCCGUACAUCUUCUACUUUUACACCUGGAAGUACAUCUCUCCCCUCUGCAUGGCUGUGCUAAUGACAGCCAGCAUCAUCCAGCUGGGAGUCAACCCACCGGGCUACAGCGCUUGGAUCAGAGAGGAGGCUGCAGAGAAGUUCCUCUAUUACCCAACAUGGGCUAUGGCCAUCCUCAUCUGUCUCAUCAUCCUGGCCACCCUCCCACUGCCCGUGGUCUUCAUCCUCCGUCAGUUCCACCUGGUGUCCGAUGGCUCCAACGCCCUCUCUGUCACCUACAAGAAGGGCCGGAUGAUGAAGGACAUCUCCAACCUAGAGGAGAAUGAUGAGACUCGCUUCAUCUUGAGCAAAGUGCCCAGCGAGACCCCGUCCCCGAUGCCCACGCACCGUUCCUACCUGGGCCCGGGAAACGCUUCCCCAAUGGAGAUGAGCAGUGCACCCAAUGGACGCUAUGGGAGUGGGUACCACUUGGCCAGCACCCCUGAAUCUGAACUGUGAUGGCCACCCACCAGCCCUCGCCCCACCCCCCAGCACUUAGGAGAGGAGGCAACUGGGGAAUGGAUCCUGUCCAUUUGUGGAACAAAAAGAAAAGAAGAAACCCUUCCUAGAAUGUUAGCAAGUAAGCAGCCAUUUCCCAGGCAAGGUCGGGAAGAAGGGAUUUCCCUCUCUGCAAUUCCAAUCAAAAAGGCAGGAUCCCUUGUCAGCUGCCCUUGUGGAAAAAAACAAAACAAAACAAGACACUGCAAUAAAUUUGAUCGGUGUGUUUCCAGAGAGAGAAAAUUGGAGACCAAACCAAGCAUCUCUUGAUUUCCAAGCAUCGGAAAUUCAGAGAAGGGAUACAAAACGAGGUGACAGCCAAAGACGUUUCCUCUUAUAACCUGGAGUUCUCCCCCCUCCUCUUGUUUUCCCCUAGUUAGGAGAAGAGAUGGCUCUUAUUCCAUUGAUCACAUUUGACCACCCAUGUUCACAGCCCGAUGGACAGCCAUCACCUGAUGGAGUUUUAGCUGGGGCAGUGGUCAUGGCACCUCCUUUGGUUUUGUAGCUCUGGAGACAUCCAAAGAGCUCAGCUUUAGUGGAUAUUUCUUAUCCAGCGCAGACGCAUCUUGAGUGGACAACACUUUACAGUGAGCGGCAGCAACUAGCUGACCCUUUGGUAUCUGUUGUGUUACUAUGGAUGUUGGUUCGACACACGUGGGGAAUAUGUCCAUGAGUCAUGUCUGGGUGGGAUGGGAUCUCAUUCUAAACUGAGCUGCAGU